AUGGGCUACCCCAGCUUUAAAAGAAAUCCGGUGUUUGACCCUCAUGUCCCAUUCCUAAUAUCACUGUUUUAUGAUUUCAGGUUUAUGAGUGGCUGUGACCGAUGUGAAGAACGGUUUCGUGGCGAUUGCGGGGGCGCUUCUCAGGCUCGAUGAAGGCUUUUGGCAAGGAACAGGGUAGAUUAUAUCUGCCCAAAGUGCACCGUUCUGCAAGUGCAGGAUGAGACUAAUGCAGAAACCACAGAUCAUCAGGAAACUAAAUUUAGACCUGCAGAUGCUGAUGAGACAGAGUUUAAAAGUCCAGGAACAGUGGAGCAAAAAUCUAGUGAAGACUGAAAGAUAAAGAGGAGAGUUGAGAAAGCCGCACAUCCAAGUGGCAAGAAAAAACUCAAGCUUUGCCAGCCUGUGGUAGAGGCUCUGGGUACCUCCAGGUGUACCCGCCCUGGGUGCUCCAUUGUGGUGCAGCCCAACCUGGCCUACUGCAGCAAAGACAGUAUUCUUACACAUGCUGCAGCUACUAUGAAAUGCCUAAGUUCAGGCAAAGAACAGAAGCCAAAACCUAAGGAAAAGAUCAAGAUGAAGCCAGAAAACCUCCAUCUUCCACAGUAUGGUGUUCAGGGAGGUGUUAAAAGCUCUUCUCUGCGCAAGAGACCAGCUCCAGAAAAAAGAGAAGGCACAGUGAAGAAGGUGGUGGUGGCUUUUUCUAGGAGCAGAUCCCUCGGGAAGGAGACAACUUGUGAAAGCAGCGUGCCGUCCUGGGCAAGAAACCAGAAUUACAGUGCAGUAAAGCCGGAAAAGAGUUCCACUGUCUCGUCAUCACUGUUGUGCAAGUCCAAGAUGGCAGACGGAAGAGCAGAGGAGACGGCAGCGGAGGCCUCGGCCUCAAAGAGAAAAGCCCGCCCGGGCUGCUUGGUGGACAAACGACCAUCAUCAAGACAUGUUCCUCCAAAGAAGUCUCCUCCUUUUGCUUAUGUGGCAGCAGCCAAACCGGCCAUUAAAAAGGCACCCUCUGGCUUCAAGGGCACCAUCCCCCAAAAGCCGUGCCUUUCGGCCACACCCUCAGGUGGCGCUUCCACUGUCAGGCACAGGGCUGCUUCCAGACAGUUCCCUGGACCUGCUGCUUUGGCUGGAGCCAUUGGGAAGCCGGUAGCAACUUCUCUUCCUGUGGCCUCUCCAGUCCCAGGACACCUCGGGACCUGGAGCCCUGCCCAGUCACAGCCCAGUUCACAAACUCGGCAGAAUAUAAGACGCUCCUUUAAAGAGAUUUUGUGGAAAAGAGUCAGUGACAGUGAUGACUUAAUCAUGACAGAGAAAGAAGUAGGAAACAUCGCCCUUCAUCUGGAGAAGGAAAUGUUUAACUUGUUUCAAGUUACAGAUAUUCGCUACAUGAGGAAAUACCGCAGCCUCCUGUUCAACCUGAAGGAUCCUAAAAAUCAGGGACUCUUCCGUCGUGUUUUGCAUGGAGAAAUUUCUUUGGCAAAACUUGUGAGAAUGAAGCCAGAAGAACUUGGAUCUAAGGAAAUUUCCCUGUGGCCAGAGAAACUGAUGAAAUCUGAACAGCAAGAAUCAGUAUGAGCUGUCCCUGAAAAAAGCCCCCAGCCCCUUCUGGACGUCCGUAGCAGUUUGUGGAAAGACACAACAGGCCAGCAUGAGGCGCAUCUGUUUAAUCUAAAUUGUAAAAUCUGUACAGGUGAGCAUAAUUUUGCGAUAAUGUUAAACUGGAUUUUGUUUAAAAUCACUAAUCCUUGUAAAGGUGAGUUUAAACCAAAAAAAAAAAAAAGUCCAGAGUGGAUCCCUGGAGUUCAUGAAGUCAGCUCCUCUCUGUGCACUGCUGCUUUUGGCUUCUCGUAAGCAAUUACCUGCUCGUGAGCACGCCGUG